CAUUAAACAAACGUUAAGAGAGAGGAGGUCCUUAUAAACCCUAAAUUCGCCCAAACCCCUAAACUUGGUCGCCCACGCCAUCAAAGCAACCUCAGACUCACAGCGAAGAAACUCGUCGGGGAGAAGAAAGAUGGCGAAAUCCAUGAGAUCGAAGAGAGAGAAGAGGCUGCGGGCCAUCCGGAGAGACAUGGUUGACCCUUUUUACGACAAGAAAGACGCAGCCAAGCUUGCUGCUCAACAGGCUGCCCUUGCUGCCCCUAAGCUUCCCGUGCGUCCAUCUCCUUUCACUUCCAAUAUUUCUACUAUGGACGUCGCAUCAGCCUCUGCUUCUACUGACGCCGACUCUGCCAUGGAUGUGGAGAUGAAUGGAUAUGGUGAAAGCACGACACUGAAGGCUGUAGGUGGAAUUGGGAAGAAAUCGAAAAGAAAAUUCAAGGUUGGUAAGGCCAAGCGCCGGGGUAAGUGCAAGAUCAAGAGGAACCGCCACAUUUAAACCCUGAGAGAUGAAUCGGGUACAUUUUCCCCCAAUGGCCAGUAUAGAUAGAUAUUCUGUUGGAAUAGUACUAUAUUAUGUUAUUUCAGUUCAUUUGUCACGCUAUAAUUUUUGGAAUAGGCUGUGUUGAAGAUAUAUCUUAUUUGAGUCGAGUUAGUUUACCCAAUGCAUAGAUAGACUUCUAUAAAUAUGGCAAGAAGUUGAAAUUGGGAGGAGGGGUUUUUGUGAAAGAAGACGAGAACUGUGAUGAUAAUUUAUUUAUUUAUUUAUUUA